AUGGCUCCGAUCGGACUCACCGACGUCGCUGUUACAGAUUUCGUAGUACACCAACGUAACGGAGUAAAAGGUCUCGUCGACGUUAUAUCUCCAAAGACGUUGCCGUCAUGUUACAUCCAACUCCCGGAGAAACGAGUCACCCCUGAGAAACUCAUCAUAGAGACAACAACUACCGGGAAAGGCGGUAUGUUAGCACCGGUGAUUCCGGUAAUUGACGUUUCUGACUGGAAAAACCCAAAUGUUGCGGAGGAGAUAUGCGAGGCGGCUACAACGCUAGGGUUUUUCCAGAUAGUGAACCAUGAAGUGUCGGUGGAUGAGCAAAACGAACUGAGAGCUGCAGGUCGAGGGUUUUUCUGUUUGCCGGUGGAGGAGAAGAAACGGUAUUGGGACGAGAGCUCGGUGUCGGACUCAGCUUGGUACAUGACAAGUUUCAUUCCCCACAAGGAGGCUAAGUUGGAGUGGAGGGACGCGCUCAAGUUUGAGUAUAAUUACGACCAAGAGAACUUCGCUGCCACGUGGCCUACUGUGUGCAGGGACGAGGUUGUCAAUUAUUCUCAUAGGAUGAAGCGGAUAGGUAAGAAGAUUUUUCAAAUACUAAUGAAGAAUCUAAACGCAAGAAUGGAAGAAAAAACCCUAAUGGGGUCUUUGAGGAUGAACAUCAACUAUUAUCCCGAGUGUCCCGAACCGAAACUUGCCGUAGGAACCGGUCAUCACUGCGACAUGAACACCCUCACACUUCUUCUCCAAGACGACAUCAUAGGUACCCUUUAUGCUCGAUACGGUGACAAGUGGCUCCAUGUCCCUCCAGUUAGGGGAGCCAUUGUGGUUAACAUUGGAGACAUGCUACAGGUCUUGAGCAACGAUCGGUACAAGAGCGUGGAGCAUCUGGUUAUGGCUAACCGGUUUCUUAGCCGGAUUUCCUUUGCGUAUUAUUGCGGACCGAGUUAUGACUCCGUUAUCGAGCCGUUACGUGAGGUGCUGAAGCAUGGCGAAAAGCCAUUGUACAAGCCCACAAAGUAUUCGGACUACAUGAAAUAUUACUUUGGAAAGCCCCAUACCGGUAGCAAAACUAUCGAAUCGAUCAAGCUCCCAUGA